AUGCGUGUAUGUGUAUUUGUAUCUCGUUCUCUUUAUUAUCUAUCUAUCUAUCUAUCUAUCUAUCUAUCUAUCUAUCUAUCUAUCUCAGUUACUUCAUUAUCUAUCUAUCUAUCUAUCUAUCUAUCUAUCUAUCUGUGUCACUUCAUUAUCUAUCUAUCAAUUUUCGUCCCUCCAUUUCGCGAGUCCUUCUUCUUCUUCUUCUCCUUAUUAUUAUUAUUAUUAUUAUUAUUUUUAUUAUUAUUAUUAUUAUUUUUAUUAUUUUCCUCUUCUGUCUUCUUUUCUUCCUCUUCUUCUUCUUCUUCUCCUCCUCCUCCGUCUUUCUUACUUCUUCUACUCAUCUUCCUUCUUCUUGUUAUUUUCCUCCUCUGUCUUUCUUCUUCUUCUUUUCCUCGUGGACUUUCUUUGUCGCCGUCUUCUCUUUCUUUCUUUCUUUCUUUCUUUCUUUCUUAUUCUUAUACUACUCCUCUUCCCCCUCCUUCUUCUUCCCUCCUCCUUUUUUCUUCUCCUUCUUCUUCUUCUACGCGUUCCUUCCUCCUCCUUCCUUUCCUCCUCCGUCUUUCUUCUUGUUCUUUUUGUUCUUCUCUUUCUUUCUUUCUUUCUUUCUUUCUUUCUUUCUUUCUUUCUUUCUUUCUUUCUUUCUUCUUCUUCUCCUCCUCCUGUCUUCUUCUUCUUUUUUCCGUCAUCUUCUCUCUCUUAUUCUUCUACUUUUCUCCUUCCUCCUCCGUCUUUCUUUUUCUUCUUUACCGUUUUUUUUCUGUAUAA